UACCCUUAAAAUUUUCUUUGUUAGAAUGUCGGAUAUUGGAUAUUGAACACUAUACAUUUGUCUUAUUGAUUGAGCGAUUGAGUCGUCACCGCGGCAACCUGGCAAUUUGUUGCGCCAUAGAUAAUGUCGGAAGUCGAAGAGACAUUUAAACGAUUGUUGUCACAUAAAGGAGUCACUGGUGCGAUGAUUGUAAGCACAGAUGGUAUCGCAGUCAGAACUUCAAUGGAUAACAAUCGUACAAAUCAUUAUAGUGGCCUUGUUCAACAAUUAGUAAAUAGAUCUCGUUCUGCUGUGCGUGAUUUAGAUCCAUCGAAUGAUUUGACAUUUUUGCGUAUUCGUAGUGCACGAGAUGAAAUUAUGGUUGCACCAGAUCGUGAUUACAGUCUUAUUGUUGUACAAGAAACAAGUACCGAAUAAAAUGUUCCUAUUAUAUUAAAUGGAUAAUACUAGAUUUUUUAGCUGGAGCGUGGAAACCAAUAAAUAUAAUAUUUAUGCUUACUGAUUAACAGUAAACUAAAAAAAAAAUUUUCCUUUUUUCUUUCUGCUUUUUGGUUUUUCGGUACACUUCUUAUCCUGUUUGGUUUUAUUUUAUUUCAACGACUGUACGUUUUCUUAUAUAUUCCAUGGAAAUGAAUAAUAAAUCCAUUGUCCGAAUAAUGUUUCAACUAGA